CAUGCGAACGCCGCGGCGUACUAAUGUGCGCACUCGAAGAUCGAAAAGUCCUCAAGAUGAAGUCCACUCUUGUGUGCCUGUCUCUACUGGCCAUUCACCUGGCAGAUGGUGUGCUGCAGCACCGAUCCUUGGAGGACGCUCGUCUGGAGCGCCAGCGACUGGUGCACAGGUACAUAAAAGUCCUGAACAAGGAGGAGGGAGCUAUUCGGCUGGUGGGCGGAGAUAAUGAGUACGAAGGCAACAUUGAGGUCCUGCACAAUGGCAAAUGGGGAGCAGUUUGCGAUGACGAGUGGGACUCCGCCGAAGGUCACAUUGUGUGCCGCCAACUGGGUUUUCCCGGCAUGAGGCGGUAUACGAGAAGUGGCUUCUUUGGACCCGCGCGUCGUCGCUUUUGGAUGGACAACCUCUUCUGCGAAGGUCACGAGCAGGAACUAGUGGAUUGUCACUUCGAGGGCUGGGGCGAGAACGAUUGUGAGCCAGGAGAGGCGGCUGGCGUGGUCUGUUAUCCCCCGGAAAAUGCCCUGAUCCCCGUUGCAUCACCCAUCAUCCGUGACGAGGAUCUGCCCAAGUACCCAAUCCACUCGAGAUCACGUUUGUAUGUGCGACUGAGAGACGGCAGAUCACGGAUUGAGGGACGUGUGGAGGUCAGUUUGGAUGGCGGUCGGUGGGGCAGUGUGUGCGCCGAUGGGUGGUCACUGUUGGAGGCCAAUGUCGUGUGCCGACAGCUCGGCCUGGGCUAUGCCAGUGAGGCCUUCCAAACGGAUUUCUUUGGUGGCUCCAAUGUGUCGAGACCCGUGCUGAGUGGCAGCGAGUGCUAUGGCAACGAAACGGAACUGGCCGACUGUCUGCAUCAUGAUGCAAGUCAGGGUAUCGUCAGCUGCCAUGGCAAUCGGCAGCACGUGGCCGCUGUGAUCUGUGACUAUAUUGCCCCCGAUUUGGUGGUGGAUUAUCUGGAAAUCGAACAGACGGCCCAUCUGGAGGAUCGACCCAUGCUGCUGAUGCAGUGCGCCAUGGAGGAGAACUGUGUGGCCAACGAGGCGUAUCAAAUCCAGCGGGAUGAUCCCCACUGGCGCUAUCGAUCCAGGCGAUUGCUCAAGUUUACGGCGGCUGCCAUCAAUGCGGGCAAUGCGGAUUUCCGGCCCUUCAAGGAGAAGAGCCAAUGGGAGUGGCACAUGUGCCAUAUGCAUUUUCACAGCAUGGAGGUGUUUGCCACCUUCGAUAUUUUCGAUUUGCGAGGUCGCAAAGUGGCUCAAGGACACAAGGCGUCUUUCUGUUUGGAGGACAGUAAUUGUCUGCCGGGAGUUGCCAAGAAGUAUAGUUGCGCCAACUAUGGAGAUCAAGGCAUUUCCAUUAACUGCUCGGAUGUGUACCUAUACAAUCUGGACUGCCAAUGGGUGGAUGUGACAGAUCUGCGUCCCGGCACCUAUGUCCUCAAGAUAGCCAUUAAUCCGGAGUUCAAGGUGGCCGAGAUGAAUUAUGAUAACAACGCUGCCAUCUGCGAUCUGAUAUACACCGAAAACUUUGCCAGGGUGCAGAACUGCCGGCUGGGGAGACCUUAAGGGGUGGAUGGUUAGGAUUAAGUGGGCGGUGGACUGGAACCAAAUCAAGAAGUGCCAAAUACGAUUAACCAAAGGGAGCUUGUAUAUUUUCUACACUUGUGUCUUUAACCCUAACUCGCAUGCGAUAUAAUUAAAUGUGCACAUCUAAAAACUCUUGUGCUGAACUUGAAAGCCGCUGGGGUGGAAACAUGUCACCGACAUUGAUAUUCUAGAAUUUUUGGAACCAACCAAGCAUUCAUCAGGUGUCAAUAGCCGGAGACUUGUAGAGGUGUUGAAGUGAAACUAACCGAGAUAUAAGUCAGAACAACACGAAGAAAUCGGACUAACGUUGAACACAAGAACAGGGUAAGUGGUCAACAAAAAAAUGGAUUUUUAUAAAUACAUUUUAACAGACAUCUUAGGUUAUUUGAUGCAUAGGAAAAAUUCUUAAAUGAUCUAUUUUUCUCUCUCUUGAAAUUGUCAACCAUUAAAAGUUCGUUUGCUAAGUGGACCGUCAAUACUUUUCCAACUAUCUUAAGAGGCUUUUGGUUAUUGAUUACUCAGUUCUUGUUUAAAGAAGCUUUCACAAGCCACUAACCCCACUCAUCUAUCUAGUAGGAUGCCAACCCACCAUUGACUUAACCCUUUCCGUUUUGAGUUAAAAAUGUAAAUACAUUUUCCGUUAAACUAAGUUACGAAAGCAUAAGAAAAACCAACAACCUAAAGGACUUCUUGCUAAGACUUUUCUACGGAUUGAUUGAUUGCGGCGGUGGCUUUUAACACAGAACAUUGAGUAACCCCAAAAAUUUAAUUAACAUAAGCGGUUUAUGCGGGUCUUGGAGUGGAGCAAAACAAAAAGCUUUUAAUUUGUAUUUCGUUUGUGGAUUAACAAAUCAAUCAAAGUGCGAAGAAGGCAGAUUUCUCCAUCGAACCAUUCGGCCCCAAGUGGAAUUUCGUGUCUGUUAGAUUGGAGCUGGGCAAUAACUUUCUGGAACGCACUCAACUAUCAUCAAAUCAGUCAAAGUCCGGCGAGGGGAAGUAAAAAAUAAAUGAUAACCGGGAGAAUUCAGUCAAGUGUUACAGUUCUUCGAGCUAUCAGACACGUGCACAUACGCGACCACCCCAUAACACCCAUCUGCACACCCAGCCACCCACGCCGAUCGUUGGUGGGAAGCGGGAGAAGGGGGCAAGCAAGCAUAUAAAUAAUUGAAAUGUUCACUCACUGACCCAGCUCUGGCACACUGCAAAAAAUCUGUGCAAAACAUACAUCUGUCAAUCAAUUCAUUUUAAUUAGGAAACUGUUAAUGAUUCACGAUGAAAGUUGUUCCAUAGCUACCAAUUGAUUUAUCUUUUAUAUUGUUGUACACAUGAAUAAAAUCUUUUUUUCCAGUG